ACUUUGGGAACUAUCACUGCAGUGCCCAUUAAGGUUCCUCAGGUCAGCUCCUUGCAGAGGUUGGCAGGACAAGGACCAGCAGUGCUACCUCAGGUUAGGCCAAAGACCCUGAUUCCAGACAGCCUCCCUAUCUCCCCAUGCAGAGACCAACCGUCCAAGCAGCCUCCUACCUUCCAGAAGGCAACCGUCGUCAGCAUCAAAAACCCCAGCCCUGCCCUCCCAACUGCCAAUAACACCGUCAGCCAUGUACAGACGCCCAACAGCCAGUCGCAAAGCGUCACCGAGCCUGCAGCUGUUUCGUCACCUCUGAGCAGCGCGGGCGUGGCGUACGCCAUCAUUUCCACCUCGCCCAGCAAUGCAGCUCCUCUCAGCACCAGCGCGGCUGUCUCGGUGGUCAGUGACAGCAUUAAAGUGCAACCCCUCCUCAUUAGUGCCGACAACAAGGUUAUCAUUAUUCAGCCUCAAGUCCAAACCCAGACAGAAAGUAAAGUGGAGACAAAGAAACCUCCUGAAGAGUCAGCUCAGGGACCCCCUGCUACCAAAAAGAAAAAGGAGGAAAAUCCAGAGAAAAUUGCCUUCAUGGUAGCAUUAGGACUGGUUACAACAGAACAUUUGGAAGAAAUCCAGAGCAAGCGUCAGGAAAGAAAGAGAAGAAGCACAGCAAAUCCAGCCUACAGUGGACUCUUGGAAACAGAGCGGAAACGCCUUGCAUCGAAUUAUUUGAAUAACCCCUUGUUCCUUUCAGCAAGAGCAAAUGAGGAUCCAUUCUGGAAGAGUGAGAUCCACCACGAUGAACACUGCACUGCCUGCAAGCGCGGCGUUAACUUGCAGCCCUGUGGCGCAUGUCCCAGAGCGUAUCACCUCAGCUGCUUGGACCCGCCCCUCAAAACUGCCCCCAAGGGGGUUUGGGUCUGUCCAAAGUGCCAACAGAAGGUGUUAAAGAAAGACGAAAAUGUGCCAUGGACUGGAACUCUGGCUAUCGUUCACUCCUAUGUUACUCAUAAAACAGUCAAAGAAGAGGAGAAGCGAAAGUUAUUAAAGCGAAACAGUGAGCUGAAGAGUGAGCAUAGACAGUUAGAAGAAAAAGAUCGACUUCUCAGCAGUGCAGUGAAGAAAUGCUUAGAGCUAAAAGCCAGCCUGUUGGCCCAGCAGAAAGGGACUCAGUCGUCACUGGACCGUCUCAAAACCCUCAUUAGACUGAUACAAAACGAGCAGAUGAUUCAGGUUACCAUGACGACCACCACCACCUCCUCCCUGCUAACUGUCCCCUGGAUCAAACCCUCCCCUGCCUCCGCUGCCAUGCACAAAGCCUUGCAGCAGUCACAGGGCAACAACUGA